GUCUGUGGUUUGAUCUGGAGGUGUCCUACACUGGUUCCUUCAUCAUGACCCUGGAGACCAAGAUGAACUUGGCCCGUCUGGGGAAGGAAGGAGAGGGGCUGGGGGAGCAGGGGAAAGAGGGACCUCGGGCCUACUGCCUGGCAGACAGUGAUGAAGAGUCCUCCAGUGCUGGAUCGUCUGACGAAGAGGAUCCCCCAGAAAUCCCCAUGGACAUGCUGGGGGCGGAGGGUUUCGUCGGAGGCCACCGGCCCAGUAAGAUCAUGAGGUUUGUGGACAAGAUCGCCAAGUCUAAGUACUUCCAGAAGGCCACGGAGACAGAGUUUAUCAAGAAGAAGAUCGAGGAGGUGUCCAACACGCCACUGCUUCUCACCGUGGAGGUGCUGGAGUGCCGCGGGGUGCUGGCUGUCAACAUACCACCCCCACCCACCGACAGGAUAUGGUAUGGCUUCAGGAGUCCCCCCCACUUGGAGCUGAAAGCCCGGCCCAAGCUGGGUGAGAGGGAGGUCACGCUGGCCCACGUCACCGACUGGAUCGAGAAGAAACUGGAUCAGGAGUUUCAGAAAAUAUUUGUGAUGCCAAACAUGGACGACCUCUGGCUACCCAUCAUGCACUCUGCCAUGGACACCCGUUCUAACGCCAACCUGGCUACUGUGACAACAUCGACCGAUGCCUUGAGGGACCCAGACCUCUCGGAGCCUGAACUCUUUGACAUGUGAAGACAAGACUCUCCGUUUCUGGGGUGUUGCUAAGGAUAAGUCACUGGCGAUAGGACAGGGAGGCCCAGGCGACCUGACAUCCCAGUAACCACUGGUGCCAGCGCCGCAGUGGGCAGGGCUUACUGUUCUCCCCUCAGAACAGUGGGCCAAUCCCACAGCCACUCCAGACUGUGGAUCCUCUACCAGGAAGUGAAGAAAGGCAGAGAUGGAGAGACAGCCUGCUUACUUCUCACUUGGCUGGGAAAUACUGCAUCAUUGGUUUGAGAGAAUAUUAAUCCGAGGAUGGUGUCAAUCAGGCAGGUCAUGGAUUCACCUGGAUACACAGACCAUUUGGAUUGUAAGUGUGUGUGUGGUCAGACAAAUUGCCAUGCAGUGUAAACUGAAGAACCACACUACCUGUGAUAUACAGCAGCUACACCAAACGUCAUAGACGAACAUGAAAAGUGUGUGUACUAAUCGGAGUCCAUGAUAUGCCCUGCAUUUCUUUUUCCAUUGAGUUUCAGACCUGAAACCCAUGAAAAAAGAAUGGGUGUAGAUGGUCAGAGAGAAGGCUGUGUGUGUGAUUUGUCACAUGCUUCAUCAUCUAAUGCACAUAUGGGCAUUGUGAGACAAUGUCUAUCCCUCUCUCCACCCCUCCCCAUACAUCGCAUGGCAUUCCUUAUGCAAACAGGUCAACGCCACUGUGCAUCGAUCAACAAUACCAUCCUACCCCCAAAACAACUCAAACUGCAGAAGGCAGGCUCAUGUGGUAGUUACUGAAUAGCCUGGGAUGAAUACCCUUGCCUGAGACCUGAAAAUGUGUUGGAUCCUCAAGAUAAUGUCUAUGCUUUAGCUCAGCGUGCACACUCUUGUGGCAUGGGUAUGAAACCCGAGUCAGUCACAGAUGAAGGCUAAAUAUAGUAGUUACUGACUGUAUAGCUUGGUAGCUUUCACCAAACGCAUAGGGCCUUCAGUGUCUUCUGUCCACCAUUGCCUCAGCCAUUCUGAAGUCAAACCACAUUGUUGACGAGGUGUACAAAUACCAACCAUAAAUCUAUGUAUUGUCACAAUAGUCUUACAGCUAUGAUGUCAAAAGAGGUGUGUAGUGUAGACAGAAGGCCUAAUGAAUGUACCUGUAAACCAGGCAGUUCCCUAACUGGGUCAAAUAUAAAGGACCCUAAUAGACUGCUAACUUAGGGCUCGAUUCAAUCAGAUCCGCUUUAGGCGACAUUUGCAUAACGGUUGUUUUGCCGGUGUUGGAGGUGGAACUGCGUUCGAGCAAUCAAAUCCACAAGCGGCUUCUGGAAUUAUACCUAAAGCAGACAUUGCCAUUGUCUGUUUGGAGUCGCAUUAAGAGAAAUCCUAUGCAGACUCGUUUACAAGUUCGAACAUUGGAAUGUGAGAUGUUUUCUACACCUUAAUUAGGCUGAUAGAAAGCCUCUUUUUUUGUUGAAUGAUUUUCAAUUUGAGCGUCAUUAUUUCUAUAUAGACUGUACUUUCUCAUUCUGAACUUCUGUGUGGGCCGGUGUGGCUUUGUGACAAUGAUCACAAGAGCAGCUGCUCACCGAUUUCACAGCUUCAACAGUUACACCUCCAAAACAUCUUUGCGGGUGUCGUCUAUCGCUGGUAAAUGCUUGAUCUGAUUGAAUCUAGGCAUUACUUUGGCAGUGGUAGGAGAUAUUUUCAGAGUAAAUUUUCUAUCGACGGUUUUAAAACAGAGGUCAAAUGCAUUUGUCUCUACAAAUGCACUUUCACACACACCUCUUUUUAAAACUGUUUCUCAACCUUUUUUGUACCAGCAACUGGCAAAUCUGGCGUCUUAUGAACUUGUACAGCAAGUCUCACAAUACAGAAACAGGCUCCUGCCCUGUGGUCCAUUCUAGUUCGGACAAGGCAUGCUUAGUUACUGCCAAAGCUAUGCGUUUCCUCUUUGGAGCACCACCGCGCUACAUUACUUAAUUGUCAGACACCCAUCAGAGGGACUGAUCAGCAACACCCCAGGGCCCAGAGGUUGAGCAUCACUAUCUCAGACCACGUUCACCAGCCAGGACACAUUACAGCUUUCACACUCAGAUUCUGAACAUGUUAAGAUGCCUGCAGCCGGUGAUUCAAACAGCCAUAACUAAUGUCAGCCAUACCGCUCAACCAAUGGAAACAAGCCAUUCAGUAAAUACGACUGCUUUUCUUGAUCAAUUUUCUGUCUUGAAAUACCUGACUUCAUGCUGUGUACAUAUGACAAAUAUUAAACAAUUUCAAACA